UACUGGAACAGGUGGAGGUGAGGAGGAAAGGAAAGGGUGAAGAGCAAAGAGAGUGAAAGGAAAAGAAAAAAUGAGACUGUUCGAUCCAUGGCCUGUAUUCUUCAAGCGAGAAUGGAAGCGUAACUGGCCCUUCUUGGUUGGAUUCGCCGUCACCGGAACUCUCAUCACCAAACUUUCUCUUGGUCUCUCUGCUAACGUCCUUCUCCUCCUCCUUCUUCGCCAACCUCCAAAAUUGGAUUUUUGUUCUGAGUCUGAUUUCCCUUUUCGCAGAGGAGGAAGCCACAAAGUCAAAAUUCGUCCAGGCACACAAGAGGUGACUUUGGAAUGGAAUAUUUGCAGUGACUUUGCACAUUGUAUUAGAUGUGUGAAGAGAGCUUUGCUUGUAAUAAAUGAAGAGAGAUGUUGUAUACACUCCAUGUUCCUAUUACCAUUUUGGUUGUUUACUUUAAUGUGAUUGAGAAAUUCAUACUAAGCAGUUCUGAAUCGAUGGAUUCACAUUAUGAUUACUUUAAUCUGAUAAAUAAUGGGGACUUGGGAUUUUGAUUUUGCAAUAAUUCCCAAUUGCUAACCUAAUAAAAUCGUUGUGUUAAUCA